GUGCGCGGCAAGCGAGCCCAGCGCGAAGCCGAGAACCCCGAUGCCCACAUGCACCAGCCCGUGAUGGACAGGGUCGCGACGGAAAUGUUUUUCACCGAUAUCGUCCGCACCAUGUGGCUUGUCUUGGAGCAGAUGUUUAAGCCGCCUUAUACGAUUAUGUAUCCGCAUGAGAAGGGGCCGAUCAGCCCGAGGUUUAGGGGGGAGCAUGCGUUGAGGAGAUACCCGACUGGCGAGGAACGCUGCAUUGCUUGCAAGCUAUGUGAAGCCGUCUGCCCCGCGCAAGCAAUCACGAUCGAAGCCGAGCCUCGUGAGGACGGAAGUCGUCGAACAACCCGUUACGACAUCGACAUGACAAAGUGCAUCUACUGUGGUUUCUGCCAAGAAGCCUGCCCCGUAGACGCCAUCGUCGAGUCGCAAAACUUUGAGUUUACGACAGAGACCCGUGAGGAGCUGCUGUACAAUAAGGAGAAGCUGCUGGCGAACGGGGACAAGUGGGAGCCGGAACUGGCGAGGAACUUGAAGGCUGAUUACUUGUACCGAUAA